CGCGGUCGAUCGCAACGCCCAAUCUCUUCCAGCAAAAGAACGACAAAAGGUUUUUUCGCCGACAGCCAUGAGAUACAUUCACAGUGAAGAGACCUUGACGGUCCCAGAAGAGGGUAAGAGAAUUGCGAUUCCAGCGGCUUCGUGGCGAAGUUCGCCGGGCGCAAAUUGGUGGAGGGGAAGGAAAGAAGGCAAUUGCUAACUCGCACCAACAGUCAAGGUCACCAUCAAGUCUCGACAAGUCACCGUCACCGGACCAAGAGGUUCGUUAUAAUUCUGCGCAGAAAUUGAAGGAGGAAGGGCUGACGAGGAAUUGCAGGCACACUCAAGAAGGACCUUUCACAUUUGGCAGGUAAUAAAUUAUCGCGAGUUCAAAUCUCACAGAGUAUCUUCUGACGCGAAUACAGUCAACUUCUCCACCCCAAAGAAGGAUGUCAUCAACAUCGAGCUUCACCACGGUGCCCGAAAGAACGUCGCUACCCUCCGCACAGUCCGAACUCUCAUCAACAACAUGAUCAUUGGUGUAACAAAGGGAUUCAAGUACAAGAUGCGAUACGUCUACGCACAUUUCCCAAUUAACGUCAACGUCGACUUGAACAAGGAGACCGGUCUUUACGAGGUCGAGAUCCGGUACGUCCAGAAUUGUUAUAUGGCGGGGAAUGGCGAUUAUGGAGGGAGGUGGUAAUGGCUGGAUGGAAGAAAUUAUAGAAGAGGGGUUCCCGAGAUCGAUGUGCUAAUAAUGUAUUGCUUAGAAACUUUAUCGGUGAGAAGAUCGUCCGAAAAGUCAUCAUGCACGAGGGUGUUGAGGUCGAGGCAUCAAAGAACCAGAAGGAUGAGCUCCAGUUGUUCGGCAACUCCCUCGAGAACGUAUCACAAAGCGCGGCGGAUAUCCAACAAAUCUGCAGAGUACGAAACAAGGAUAUCAGAAAGGUAAGGAUUUAAUCGGAAGGCCUCGUGAAAUUACAAAAACUAAUAUGCGGUAGUUCUUGGACGGUCUCUAUGUUUCGGAGAAGGGUAACGUCGUUGAGGAGUCCUGAGCGUUUCGACACGAAUUUUCCUACUUACAUGAUUGUUUGGGGGAGCAUAUUGGGAUUACUUUGCAUGUUAGGUAGCG